AUGGAUAAAUGAACAAAUAUACUACACUCCAUCCGCAUGACCUAUAUGGAAAUGAGUCAGGAACUCGGCUCAUCACUGUUAAAAGGUUGCCUUAGGGGCUGAAAUGUGUCUCCCCCAAAUCACAUGUUGAAGCCCUGACCCCCAGGACCUCAGAAUGUGACUAUAUUUGGAGACGGGGUCUCUAAAGAGGUGAUUAAGGUAAAAUGAGGUCAUAUGGGUGGGCCUCAAUCCCACAGGAGUGGUGUCCUUAUAAGGAGUGAUUAGGACAGAGACACGCGGGCACACAGAGGAAAGGCCAAAUAAGGACAUAGGGGGAAGGUGGCCAUCUGCAAGCCAAGGAGAAAGGUCUCAGGUGAAACCAGACCUGCUGACACCUUGAUCUUGGGCUUCUAGCCUCCAGAACUGUGAAAAAAUAAAUUUCUGCUCUUUUGUUACGGCAGCCUUAGCAAACUAAUACAAUUGCCAAUCUCUCUCCAGACCUACUACAGAUACAAUGUCAAAGUAACAUCUUGGAUGGCUUGCCAUUCCCAUUCCCACGUCAUAUAAGCCAGAAAGGAAUUGUUCUGAGUGUGUGUUUCAUGAUGCUUUGAAAUCUAAAGUGUAUCUAUGGGACCAGCUCAGCUGUAAGAAAGCCCUUUAUGAGGUCAUCAUCCUACUCUUGCCAGAUCUCUGCAGAUGGAGACACUCAAGCCUUGAAAAACACUUGAGGAGCGACCAUGCCUCCCUUUGCAAAACCUCUUUUAAGAAACAUUAUUAUCAGAAAUCUAUUCAAUAGCAUGAAGAGGAAGCAAUGUCUCCAGUAUUUGAAAACCCUGAGAACACUGCAAUAUGAUGGGUUUACAACUGUAUAUUUUGGGGAAACUGAUAUCCCGGAGAGUCUUGUAACAGGGGAAGAUGUUAGUGAUGGCUAUUUCAUGCCAAGUCCAACUUGGUGUAUCGUGCAUGCCGGUGGUAGUCAAGGAUGGAUGCCUUGGAAAUAUCGGAUUUUCCUAAAGGAUGAGUUAUGCAUCAAACAAGAAGAGAGCCUCUUCUCGGAGUUCUGUGAUGUGGCAAAGAAGACCUACGGGAAGUGCACCAUUGUGGUCAAAGAGAGAAGGCGGCAGGAUGAGAUGGAGCCAAAGGAAGACAAAGAAUCCGAGGCCCAGGCCCAUGUCCCAUCAGUCAUUAACUUAACGAACAUCACAUGUUGUCCUGAGGUGGCCAAGUCCUAUGGCCAUAAACUACUCUCUCUGCCUUCCCCUUACAGUUAUCUGAACCCUCUAGACUCAGCCUGGUCUUCUCUGAAAUGGUUUAUCAUCAAUAACAGAAAGGAGUUUUGUUUGCAGACCAUUGAUGGUGUCUAUUCUUACCAGUAUAUACUCUUCAGUGAUUUAAUUAGCAAAGGGAUUGAAAGGAUAAACCCAAGCAAAUGGAGAACACUAACUAACAAAGUACAAAGAUGGGAAAACUACUAUCUUGGUAAAUUUUCUGAAGUGCGAUUCCUCUAA